UACGCGUCCGGCGGCUACCAGGACGCCACCUACGCCUCGUCAGCGCCUCCGCACAUGUUCCCCGCCAUGAGUGUGAACGUGUCCAUGAACAUGACCAUGGGCGUGUCCAACGUGAACAUGGGCUACUCGCCCGACCCGUCGCUGCAGCACCAGUGGCCGGGGAGUUGCGCGAGUCAGCAGGUGACCUCCGUGUCCCCGAUCAGCGGCAUGGGAUACCCACAGCCCUCGGCUCCGGGUAUAGUUAGCCCUCUACCCGUACCGUAUAGUGGGUCUUGCAGCCAGGGCUACAGCGUGGGUUCUUACUCGUGGGCGGGUGACCUUCGCUCCGACCACCCGCCCAUGCCGAGUCUGGACCGUGACCUCUGCCUCAGGUCACCGCCGCUGCGACCUCGCCCGGGAUCGCCUGGUGCGCCAUACCCCAACUCCACACCACCCGGUAAGUCAAAAAAAUGUCCCUCCCUCCCUCCCUGCUUCCACCCACACCCCCCUUUCCCUCCCGAAGGCGGCCAACUCUCCCCGACCCUGAGCGCCCUCCGCAGGCGCCCCAGCUCCGUGGGGAUGUCCGGCAUCACCAGCUCCCUGGACGUAACUAAACCCAUGAUGAGUGACGGCCUUAAACCCAACCUGUGUCGCAUCUGUGGCAAGACGUACGCCCGGCCGUCGACACUGAAAACGCACCUCAGAACACACAGCGGCGAGAAACCAUACAGGUGAGGCAGGGACCCGUGCUAUAAUCGGCGGCGCGCGGGUUGUGUUUGUGUGUUUGGGCGCUGGGUUGGGCGUCGCUAUCCUGGUUGCUCGUGGUAUUAGUGUCGUCGUUAUCAAUAGCGUUAUUCUUAUUGUGAUCGUUAUUUGUUCAGUA